AUGAGCUUCCAACAAGGCAAAGUCCAGGAGCAAUCCUUCAAGGGCUUGGACUAUGGGAAUCGCUAUUUCCAGACAAAUGAGGAGGCAUUUGGAGGAUAUGAGCAGCCGACGCAUGUGCCGCGCGAUCCGAUGCCGGACAAAGCUGUCAAGUAUCCUCAUGAGUCGCCAUUCCGGCCGCCCAAUCCUAUGAAGCGAGAUGCAGUGGGAUGCCUCAUGGGUGGGAUCCCAGAGUACAUCCCAUGUCCAGAAGAUCCUGUGGUUCGGAAGCCGAAGGUUGAAGAUGCUCCUCCAGCCUUCAAGACGGGUGCUCCAAAAUAUGUGGCCAAGCCAACUCCAUCAGUCACAACACUGGCGCGGAAUAUGCGCAACGAGAGGCCUUCCAGUUUCAUGCGGCCGACUCUUUGAGAGCGGCUCAGUAGCCAUGGCAGCUUGCUGCAGUAGGUGCACUGGGACAAAUGCGAGAGUUGUGAAGCAUGAUCGCGUCUCAGAAGGUCAGUUCCACUCCUUGCUUUGCAGACCACACGAGGUCUACGAUAAG